UAUCGAAAUGAACACGUUACUUGAUCUUACACUGAAAGCUUUCGGUAGCAUAGAAAAAAAGCUCUCUGUUCAUCUUCAUUGAUGCUUUCCUCCUCGUGACUGCUUUAAAAUCUCACGCAAAGUUCCCACUUGGGCUGGCCCAGUUCGCCAAAAAUCCGUAGAAUUCAUCUAUUAGAUAACCCCAAUUGACCGUUGAUUCGAUUCAACAAAUCCCCCAAAAUUGAUCCAAAAACUUCUUCUUCUUUAUCUCUAGACAUCGUUCAAUUCAAUCGCAAGCUUCUGUUCUUGCUCUGUCCAUGGUCAUUUCGUUACACCCAAUUGACAAUUUGUUCUCCAAACUGGAAGAUCAUCGCCAUCAUCAUGACUCGGAAGCGUGUUCGGCUGCGAUUCAGAGAUUUCUCUCACAAAUCUCGAUUCGUUUGAACGAUGUGGGGUUUGAUUUUAAUAAACCCACAUCGGAAAUCCUCUCGUUUUCGUUGAUCAAGCAGUGUUUCGAAUUGCUUCGUAUUCAACACAGGGCGUUUGCGAAGUUGCUCAUGGAAAUUGAUUACCCAGUUCGGAAACAUGAGGGUUCAUCAGGGGAUGAGUUUCUUAAAUACACAUUGAAAUUGCUUGAUCUUUUGAAUUUGAUUAGUUCGUGUAUUGCUCAUCUGGGUCAAGCUCGGUUGGAGCUUUCUCAUGCUUUGAGCUUGGUGGAGGCUUCUCCUUCCUCUGCUAUUGAUCGAUUAAAGCCUAUAGGAACAAGCAGUUUCAACAAGGAGCCAAUCAAGGAAGGUGAAAAUGGAGAGAUUUGUGUGGAACUUGAGAAAUCUGAGAAAGAAUUGGUGGUUUGUCGUGCUUUGAUGAUUAUGAAGCAGAUUGGUUUGUGGGUUUGUGGGAUUGUGAUUUCUGGAUUGAGUGGAGAUGCUGAGGCAUUCAUGGAGAUGAGGAAAUCAUCUGGGGAAUUAGGGGUUUCUGGUUUGGAUAGAUUGGAUUUUACUGUUCACAAAGCAAUUUGUGAAUCUGGGGUGAGGUUGAAGGAAAUUAAAGAGGUGAAUGAUGGAGUUGAGCUUCUUGUUGCUUCCAUGGCGGCUGGGAAAAGAAGUGAUGCAGCUGAGAAUUUGCAGAAAAGAUUAGAGGCUCUUGAGAAGGAGAUAGAUGAUUUGAGGAAGGAAGUUGAUUCUCUCUUCUCUGACGUUUUGGAAGAGAGAAGCAAACUGCUUGAUUGCCUAAGACAGAGAAAUCAAUAGCCAUGGUUGGAUUGUUUCUACUUUUUUUAUAUAUUGAAUUGUGAUUGUGAGUUAUAAUGUAUAAACUUUACUGUUGAACUGCAAUAUAAAUAAUACAAGUUUACAAUUGAUCACUUUUUUUCUGGAAACUGGAAAAAGAAAAUAGAGAUGAUAGCAAGAGAGAGAGAGCACCUUAGAAUUCAAUACACAUUGAAACCUUAGCUUGGCAUUCCAAAUUUGAUCCAGCCACAGAAGAAGUGAGGCAGGAAAAAUUACAGAUCAGCUAACAAAUAAGCCAGAAAGAAUAGCUAAUAUUCCUUCUUUAGGCAGCUACAAGUGAAGGGCUAGAGUUUGCAAACUUCUUAACAAAUGACUCCAAAAUCUAAUAAAACUAACUGCAACAAUGUCAUUUUCAUGACUGAUCUCCUUCUCCUACACGAGGAUUUCUAACUCUCUCUGUUUCAAUGGUUUCAGAGUCACCUAAUGAAUAUUUGCAGUUUCUGAAGGUGGAGAUGAAACUGAUUAUCCCGGUUUGUCUCGUCAGUGUCUGUGCCGCCAUUCUAAUUAAUCAGAAUGAAUGAGAGAGAGAGAGACAUCAUAGUAGGCCCAUUUGGCUCCCUGAAUCAUUUGAAUGAGUAUCUCUCUCACCCUCCUUUCUCUUGCAAUAAACAUGAGAUGGCAGCCUGGGCAACAGGGAGGAUCAAUUUAAAAACAUAACCAAUAGCCAAUAGUACAAUGGAAGGAAGAGUCCAAAAGCAGAGUUGGGGCAAUUUUCAUGUUAUCUUUUCACUAGCAGAGAAAACAGAGGGAAUUGUUGAAAGAACAGAGCACACAGAUAACGGUACGACUAAAACAAUUUCAUAGCUCAGUUAAAAAGCAAGCCAUUACCCCAAGUGCAAGGUGGUGUCUGAAUCUCCUCUUUCAAUUUCGGAGUUGCAGGCUAUAUCAGGGCUUCUAAUGCCAAUAUUCUUCUGUUCAAGAGAGCAGUAUUCAAGAUAAGCAGGAAGCUGACAAUCAACCGGCGGAAACAGACACCGAAGCUCAUUGACCUACAAUGCAUGGUGAGAGUUUCGUUCUCAAGCAUUGCUCGUUGUUCCUGAAACAAAAAUGUAAACAUAUUCCAUGAGAUUUCUCGCUACUAGAUGUAUUUUGGUGAAAAUGAAGUUUCCAUUGAUGAAA